AUGAGUGAAUCUAUUGAACGCGAGAAUAAAUCGGAAAAAUAUGCAGUGGCGAUCAGUUCAAUUUCCAACGAGCCAAACUUGAAAGGGGACUGGAAAAACUUUUUUUUAUUACUACUAUUAUACACUAUGCAAGGUCUACCUUUAGGAUUGAUCAGUUCCAUACCUGUGCUUUUGAAGAGCAAUAAAAACGUAUCCUACAACGAUCAGGCGAUAUUCAAUGUUGUUAUGUUACCAUAUACACUGAAACUCUUAUGGGCUCCAUUAGUAGAUUCGUUUUAUGUUAAAAAGAUCGGUAGGCGAAAAUCUUGGCUUAUACCGAUUCAAUUUUUAAUGGGAUCAUGCUUCUUUUAUAUUUCCAACAAUAUCAAUGAGUUGUUGCCCGAGACAGAAAAACCAAACAUACCGAAGUUGGUGUAUGUUUUUUUUAUCACCACUUUCAUGAUCGCUACGCAGGAUAUAGUUGUCGAUGGAUGGUCACUUACGAUACUAAAAAGGCAUAACGUGGGCUACGCAUCCACAUGCAAUACAACAGGUCUAGCAAUAGGCUUGAUGAUAGGCUCGACGUCUUCCGUUCUGUGUACCUCAGAAAAAUUUUGCAAUAAGUACUUACGUAGUACCCAUAAUAUUGGAGGGAUAGUGACUUUAAAAAGUCUAUUGUACGCUUGGGGUAUUUUAUUUAUGUUCGUCACAAUAUUGGUCGGAAUCUUCAAAAAAGAAAAAGAUUGCACAUUAGAAGACGACCACGUAACGCUCAACAUUUCUCAGAACUAUUUGCUACUUAGAGAUAUCUUUAAGUUACGUAGUAUUCAAAUAUUGGGGAUUGCAUUGUUGACAGUUAAGACUGGAUUUGCUGCAGCGGAUCACGUAUCACCUUUGAAACUUAUUGACGCUGGUGUAUCAAAGGACGAUAUAGUAUUUUUAAACUCGUCGCUGCAUCUAAUUAAAAUAAUUGUACCACUUGUUGUAGCAAAAUACACUUCAGGUCCAAAACCAAUGAACGUUUAUCUAAAAGCCACGUUUAUCAAAUUGUUUUGGAAUUUGGCAUUUAUCGUAUUAAUUUAUUAUACACCAAGUAUAAUACAAAUUAAUAAUGAAGUAAAUAUUCCAAAGUAUUACUAUGUGAUACUGUUAUUCAUAUUUGCAAUUCAAGAAAUUUUAUCUUAUACCAUAUUUAUAGCUUCGUUAGCUUUUUUUUCUCGGAUAAGUGACACACGAUUCGGUGGUACUUAUAUGACGUUAUUGAAUACAUUAUCAAAUUUAGGAGGUAUAUGGUCAUCUAUAGUGAUGCUUAAAAUGGUUGAUUAUUUAACGUUAAAGAAAUGUUCAAUUGAUUCCGGAAAUUAUUGUUUAACGCAACAUCUUCAAAACAUGUGCAUUGAAAAAGGAGGUGAUUGUACUACGAUAAUGAAUGGAUAUUAUGUAGAAAUGAUACUUUGUACUUUGAUUGGGAUAAUUUGGUACAAUAUUUUUAAAAAUGUUAUCAAAGAUUUACAAACUAUAGAAGUAUCUGAAUGGUUGGUGAAAAAUGUUAGAUUACCUGUUACGGAAAAAAAUAAACAUGUAUUUUAAUUUAUUGGACCGUGAUUCGCGAUUUAUUAUUGCAUUAUUUAAUAGUUGCAUGUAAAAUAUACAAGUUGUUCGUUAAACAUUAUUUAUUGGUACAAAUGUGUUGUAGUUGUACUUAAUUUAAUGCUAAAUUAAGUGCUUUUUAUAGUUUUAAAUUUAAAUGAAUACAUUUUAAAAACUUCAUAAAUUGAACACACCAUAUGGUAAUAUUAUAAAAACUCUUUAAAACAAUAAGUCGUAUUCAAUUUUAUUAUAAGAGAUUAUAAUCCAUCCUCUACCAUAUUCUAUAUUUUAUAAUGUCAUUAUUGUAUUAACAUUACUAAUCGUAAAAUGUUUUUAAUGUAUUUAGUUUUUUAACUAUUUUUAUUUAAAAAUUUGCUCUUAACGUUUAGAGAUUGAAGUAAGCAGUAGCUAUAUCAGUGUAUGUAAAUAGUUGCUCUAGCCACU